AUGAGUAAAGAAUUAACAAUAAAACAAGAUGAUUUCUGGCGUUUGAUCAAUCGAGAACAGUUUCUUUUACUCUAUUUUAAUGCUCGCCUACGAUAUCGUUUACCUGCAACAGAUAAUGAAUGUGUUUAUAUCCAAGUCAAUUGUGAUGAUAAAACUAUUGGAGAACAUGCUGAACAAUAUAUUUUAUCUUACCUUGAACCUAAACAUACGAAAUCAAUAUCUUAUUUACCAACUAAUAAACAAAUUUUAUGUGAUGAUCUUUUAUUGAAUCGUUUAAUGAAAGAAUAUUUAGUACAUAUUGAAAUUGAAGAUAAAGAUUAUUCUCAUAAACUUAUAUUUCGUUCUUCAAAACUAACUGUUUUAUAUUUGGCAAUCGAUGAUUUUCAAAAAACAAUAUCGAACGAGUAUGAAUCUGACACAUCGACAAUAAUCGCUGCUCAAUCAUUAUUAAAAUCAAUGUCAACAAAUUUCGAAAGUCAAUUACAAACAGUUGAUGAACAAGAUCAAUUUGAUGAACAAGAAAAAGCUUCACCAACAAUUAAAAGUCAAAUAAACAAAAACGAUAAUAGUAAUGAGGAUGAUGAUAAUUUACUUCCUUAUCGUGAACGACAAGAACCACCAUUGACAAUUCCUUUUCCAGGUGCUGAACCAAAUACUCGUAAAGCUACACUAGAUGAACUUAUGGUUAAACCUAAAAAACAACAUACACAUCAUCAUCGUCAACAUAAUAACAAUAAUAAUAAUCAUCGUCAACAAACAUCUGAUGUUAAUGACAAUGAACUUGUACGUGAAAUGCGUCAAAAAUUAAAAGGACGAAAUUUACGUGAUAUUAUUAUUGAUGGAGCAAAUAUUGGAAGAACAUAUGGAGAUUCAGAAUUUUCAGCUCGAGGAAUUAAAUUAGCUAUUGAUUUAUUUCAAUCAUAUGGUUAUCCAGAUUCUAAAAUAGUUGUUAUUUUACCAGCACAUUAUUUAUCAAAAGAUAAUAAUCAUGUUCUUCAUGAUUUAAUUCGUCGAAAAAUAGUUCAUAAAGCUUUUCAACAAAAAAUCGAUGAUCAAAAUAAACGAUUUUAUGAUGAUAGAUUAAUCGUUGAUGUAGCAGUAAUGCGUAAUGGUGUUAUUUUAUCGAAUGAUUUCUAUCGUGAUUUACUUCAAGAUUCAGGUGAUGCUGUACGUAAAGCUAUACGAGAAAGAUUAUUAUGUUAUCGAUUUAUUGGUGAUAAUUUAUGUUUACCUAAUCCAGUCUCAGAAGGAGGUUUACCACUUGAUGUAUUUCUAUCCAUGUGA